AGUCCUGCUUUAGGAGGGAGACUUUUACACUGCUCAAAAGCUAGGCAAACACUCGUAACUGAAAUGAACCAGAGCCCUCAGGCAAUCGCCGUGGAUUAAAACGGAAACUUUUACGAUGGCUCUGAAGGUGAAAAAGUAGCACGAGAAGCAACACGCUAACCGCCGCCGCCAACGGACCUUCUACUGCAAAGCAACUCCUGGUAGAUGCACGGCCACUGCUGAAAAAAUAUGCUCCAGCCGAGCCGCCUCAACCCCGGCUUCAGUCGCAAAUUCUCAGCGUUUUAACCAGUUUCGUCAGACAUUCGCCGGCUUCUGUUUGUUUUUUUGUUACUGCAUCUUACCUACAAAGUCCGCUGUACAAGUCCCCGACCUACCUGCGAGAGAGAAUUAUGGCAGGGAAGCUGACAGCAGCGCAAGGCACAGGAAUACUGCUGGUGACAGCCAACGUUGGAUCCCUGUUCGAGGAUCCUGAAAAUCUACAGAAAACUUGGCUGAGGGAGUUUUACCAGACAGUACAGUCACAUAAGCCUCACUUCUUGGCGGUGCAUUGUCAAGAGGUGGGCGGGAAGAAUUAUGAGGAGUCCAUGUCACACGUGGACAGUUUUGUCAAGGAGCUGUUGUCCAGUGAUGCCAUGAAGGAGUACAGCAGAGCUCGCGUCUACCUCGAUGAGAACUACAAAUCCCAGGAGCAUUUCACUGCUCUUGGAAGUUUCUACUUUAUCCACGAGUCUUUGAAAAACAUCCACCAGUUUGAUUUCAAAGCCAAGAAAUUCAAGAAGGUGGUGGGGAAGGAAACCUGCUCAGAGACACUAGAAAGCACACCUUCGCUGGAGAAGGAAAAGUUUCCGCAGGAUUACUUUCCUGAGUGCAAGUGGUCCAGAAAGGGAUUCAUCAGAACUCGAUGGGCCCUGGCUGACUGUGCCUUUGAUCUGGUCAACAUCCACCUUUUCCAUGAUGCUUCCAACCUGGUGGCCUGGGAGAAAAGCCCCUCAGUCUACUCUGGGACCAGGCAGAAGGCCCUUGGCUACGUUUUAGACAGGAUCACGGACCAGCGGUAUGAAAAGGUGCCAUAUUUUGUCUUUGGGGACUUUAACUUCAGGUUGGACUCUAAGCAGGUUAUUGAGAGUCUCUGCUCCACUGCCACCAUGCAGACAGUCAGAGCCGCCGACACCAAUGAAGUCGACAAGCUAAUAUUCCGAGAAAGUGAUAAUGACCGAAAGGUUGUUCUUCAGCUUGAAAAGAAGCUUUUUAAUUAUGUCAACCAGGACGUUUUCCGGGAAAACAAUGGGACCUCACUUUUAGAGUUUGACAAAGAGCUGUCCGUGUUCAAGGAUCGGCUGCAUGAACUGGAGAUCUCUUUCCCACCCAGCUAUCCGUAUAGUGAAGACAGCAAUCAGGGGAAGCAGUACAUGAACACCAGAUGCCCUGCCUGGUGUGACCGAAUCCUCAUGUCUUCCUCUGCCAGAGACCUGGUCUUAAAGCCUGAAAAUGAAGAGAAGUCUAUAGUCUAUGAUAACAUUGGGCCCAAUGUCUGCAUGGGGGACCACAAGCCUGUCUUCCUGUCCUUCCGAAUAACAGCGGGGGCAGGUAAACCUAAUGCAAAUAAGCACAAGUGUUGUGUGGUGCAGUGAUGUCGUGGGAAGUGUUGCCAAAGGGGGGAGAACAUAUUUCGUGAAGCGCCUCUGUGAGAACACCGGAGAAACAAACAGGACACCAACACACACACAC